ACUAAAUCAUGGCGAAUGUGUUAAAGGAGUUCCAUAUAGAAGAAAGCCACCAAUACCAGAAGCACCUUGCGAGAAAAAAUAUUGCCGUUUCAAUGGAGAUUGUUAUGAAGAAAACAAUCGAUCUUCGUGUCGAUGUCCAACAAGCUGCAAGGAGCAUUACAGUCCUGUCUGCGGAAGUGAUGGAUUUACUUACAACACAGAAUGCCAAAUGAGAGUUGAUUCUUGUCGUAAGAAAAAGAAGGUCUAUGUUCGGCAUGAGGGCUUGUGCUCAACAGCCUAAAUGACGUAACUUCAGAAUAUAAAUCCAGAAUCAUUUAUUUAAUAUCUAUGUAGAACUUAACAAGAAUUUUACAGUACUAGUAUCACAUUUUAUGUUUUGAUUUGGGGGUUGUGAGUAGUCGUUAUUAAAAUGAGUUCAAAUUGCAUCGCUUAUGGUUCUGUUCAAAGUCUUGGAUCACUUAGAAAAAUUAUUCACGAUAACGAGUAAAUAUCUGUUUUUGUUGACUUCACUAUGUAGGUGUGUACCUAAUAAGUGAAUUUCUAUUAAUUCAUUUGCGAAAGUGACUUUUAUGUUAUUUAGAUUCUCGGACGGGCUAUACUUAACGUCGUUACUAACUGAUAAAUAUGGUAUUUCGUUAACUAAAUGACAAAUAUGGCAUGACUUGACAUACUAACUAACAAAUUGCUCCAGCGGUGGAAAAUAAAACAGUCUCGCGAACUCGCUGUACUGUUUUCCUUAUUCCAAGGUUGACGGCAAUUGGCUAAUCAUGCAAUGUCUCCAAAAUGCUUUGGAUAACCGGUCUGAAUUCAUCAUUCUCAUUGGCAGUUUUUGCUUAAAAUAAAGGUUGUCGAUGAUUUCAUAAUUUUCAGCUCUAAUCCUAAUUUCCGUAAUGUGUUGAUGCUUAGUAUGGUUAGGAUCUUUAAAAUAAGACUUUGAACAGAACCAUAAGGUAUGAAAAAUGACUGUUAUGAAUGAUAAAAAUAACUGUUUCAAAUGCUUUAUCAAAUGUUACUUAAAUAUGAUGAGAAAAUCUUUGAAGAAGUUGAAGAGGAGUUGCACUUGGUAUAACUCACUACCAUUCAUUUAAAAUAAUAGAAUAAUAAAAGUAUUUAAUUCAUAA